AUGAUGGAGACAAGUAAAUUCUGUGAAGAUGCGUUUCAGUAUUGCAUCGACGAGAAUCCCUGCAGGAAUGAAGGUGUCUGUAUGAUGCAUAACCCUACGGGAUUCAAGUGCGUUUGUCCCCAGGGUUGGGGUGGUGUAGACUGCUCUGAAAAUCUAGAUGACUGUGAAUACAACAAGUGUCAAAAUGGAGGAAUCUGUCAAGAUAAUAUCGGCGGAUACACCUGUAAAUGUCCACGUGGUUACACGGGGGAAUUCUGUGAACACUUAGUUCCUUCACGAAUAACGGUCGCCAAAAAUUCGGCUUCAUUUGGCUGUACCUUCAAUCGUUGUAUGAAUGGAUCUGUUUGUCAGCCUGACAUGUCACUGAUUGGAUAUCGUUGUAGCUGUCCCAGUGGUCACAGUGGGACAUUCUGUGAGAAGGUAUACUCCGUCUCCUUUACUUCAACAGAUGUAUAUAUUCCUAUACAACCUCCAAGUCGUGGAUGCUUUGUUCCACGUGGAAACAUCAGCCUCACUUUUUCGACAACCCAGCAAGAGGGAAUUCUUUUCUUCUUCUCCGAAUCCGCCGAAAAGACGCUAUCGUUUAAUAGAUAUUUAAUAGCUGAGCUCUAUCACGGCCAUGUGAAAAUCAGUUUUGCUAUUGAAACAGGAGAAAUGGCUGUCGCCUAUUCGAUGUCAAAGUUAACUGAUGGCACCUUCCAUCGACUUGACAUUCUUUUCAUCAUCGACCGUGUUGAAAUGUUUGUGGACGGCGUAAGAAACGCUCUCAUCCAAUCUGUUGUCCCCAAAACUGAUGAUUCAAAUUCAAAACCGCGACCUCUAGUAUCUGCCACUCCCAUCUUCUUAGCUGGGGCCCCGAAACGCUUGAUCAAAUCAGCAAGUCGAAAUGGAAUCAUAGGAAGUGCAAACGGAUUCAUCGGUUGUAUUGAGUCGUUUUUCAUCAACGACAAACCAAUGGACUUUUCUGCUACGCUAAAAAAUUCCAGUAAAUUGAAACCAGGAUGUGGUAGAUCUUCAAGCGCAAUAAUACAAGUACUCACCACGGAUUCUACUCCAAAAUCGCUUUAUCCCCGAAGCGAAAUCGAGUCCACUCAGUCGAUUAGCAGAGCUAAUGUACAGGUCGCAGUGAACAAUGGCGAUUGUCGAAGUCCGGAUUCAGCGUGUUUAAACGGAGGUGUCUGUAUUCCUGAGUACGCUUUACCAGGUAAUUCACAGAAUCGUCAAUGGGCUUCAUCACCAUCUCGACACGUUUGCCGAUGUCCAAGUGGAUUCGAAGGGACUCGUUGUGAAUCAACCACCUUCUGCAAGCGACAUUCUCGCUUCUCCUACAUCUAUGAUCCUGACACCGGUUGUAUCUCUACUCGUAGGAUUAUGAUCCGCUCUUGUUCUGGAUCAUGUCAGGAAGUGGCAACCACUUCUUUAAUUUGGGAACAGGAGGAACGUCAGAGAAAACGCCGGAUGCGUAAGAAGGCAAGACGUAGGUUUCCAGAAACUCACAAGAGACAUCUGGAAGCUGCUGCCAGCCAAUACGCUUCAAGCAAAAAAACAUCCAGUUUCACUGUCCCAAGAAUGGAGGUGGUGGUGGUAGUGCAGUUGACCGCGUAUAUUCCCGAUGGUUUCGAUUUGUGCGAAAAUGUGGAUGCACCUCCAAUUGCAAUAGCGGCGUUAUCACCACCGCCGGAGCCCUACCAUCCGGAUUUUGAAAUCAUGAACCCCUAA